AUGCUGCAGCUGUUCGCCCGGUGGCUGCGGCUGCACGGGUCGCUGCUGGUUGGCCCGGCGAGCCCCACCCUCACAGAGCGCGCCGAGGCGCUGCGGGCGGCACCCAGGCUCGAGACGGAGCCCUUGUACUGGCCCAUGCUGCGCCGCCUGCUGGCGGUGGGGCAGCUCGAGGUCGUGGGGGAGCUGCUGCUGGCGCACCCGGCCUACGCUGACUCAGACGCCGGCGGCCUGCAGCGCGACCUCCUCGAUCGCGUCUUCCACCUCCUCCGCACCGCGCCCCGCCUCCGGCGCCCUGCGGCCGCCGCCGCGGCGCGGCCGUCGCCGCUGGACGGGCCGUCUGACCUGGAGCUGCUCGGCCUGCCCACAGACGACGCGCUGGCGUCCCGGUCAGCGCGCGGGCUGCGCGCGCUGCUGUUGAUCCUCAACAGCGACGAGCGCGCGCUGCGCGACGCGGCCGCCAACUGGGCCGAGCUGCUCACGGCGCUGCUGUUCUGGCGCUACAUUGACGCCAACCCGCAGCUGCACCUCGAGCAGCUGCUGGGCAGCGCCGCGGACCAGGUGGCGGCGGCGGUGGCGGGCGGCGCGGCGGAGGCGGAGGACCAGAAUGAGGGCUUCUUGGAGUUUCUGAGGGAGCUGCUGCUGCUGGCGUCGCAGCUGGAAGUGCAGGGGGUGGUGCGGCUGACGACCAACUCGCCCUACUGCGGCCUGUGGUUUGUCGCCCACGCGUACGACGUGCUGCGCGGGUACCCCAGGGCCGAGGCGCUGUUCAGCCGCACGCUGCCCCACGUCGGCUGCGACCAGGCUGAGAUGUACACACUGACCUACGUCGAGACCCUCCCGGCCUCUGACGGAACCUGGCAGGUCGCGGCUGAGUACCUUGCUUGGUGUCCCGUGUACGGCGCCGACGCGACCGAUGCGCUGCUGGCACGCCUGCCGCUCUCUGUUGAUGACGAGGCGGCGGCCCUGAAGGCCCUCGCCCUGUGCGACCGCCACGGCCUCUCCGCCGCCGCCCGCGCGCUCUGCGGCCGCCUCGCCGCGCGCGCGGCCGAGGCCGGCCUGCCCGGCGCGGCGCUGCGGUGGGCACUGCGCGGCGGGGACGGCGCGCGGGGCGCGGCGCUGGUGGCGCCUGUAUUGGCCAAGCUGCGGGCCCGAGGCGCGGGUGGUGGCUGGUUGUAG